UUUUUAAGUCCUUGGCCGAGGUUCUGCUGCAAAUCUACUUUCCGUGAUCGUGGUCUUUUCGUCGCGCAAUAUCCCACCGUGAAUUAUCCGUAACCCGACCGCUGCACUUUGAAGGUGAUUUCCAACCGGAACGAUGUACUCCCGACCGAUUGUCCGUUUGUUCUUGGCGCGUCCAGCCGCGUUCAAGAGGCUGACCGUGAACAGUUCGACCGCAGCAGUAUUCCAGGCUGAGCCGAAACCUCCCGUACAGGGAGUGAUGCAGGUGCGCGAGGACAAGAUCGUUGGCCGUGACAUCGUCGGCUAUGGUCUAAACGGCGAACCUCAGUACUUCGACAGUAUCACCCAUCCGUUCCCGUCCGUCAGGUUCAAGAAGAACACCCCCGAGAUCAUGGCUCUACGCGAGAAAGAAAAGGGAGACUGGAGAAAAUUGACCCUAGAAGAGAAGAAAACUUUGUACCGAGCGAGUUUUUGCCAGACUUUAGUCGAGGUAGAAGCACCCACAGGCGAGUGGAAAGCCAUAUUUGGUUGGGUCAUGUUUUGGGUUUCUGUUGCCAUCUUCUCCUUUGUCGGAGUUCGCAAAUACUUAACCAACACUGCUGAUGAUCCAUCACUGUCUCUUGAAAGUCGUCAAGCUCAAUUAAAACGUAUGAUUGCUUUACGUGUUGAUCCUAUUGAUGGUUUGUCCUCAAAAUGGGAUUAUGAAAAGAACACUUGGAAAAGUUAAUUGUUCUGAUUUUGUAUUAUAAUAUUUUUUUUUAUAAUUAUUAUAUUAUAUAUAAACCAAAAUAGUCAGCUGUGAGAAUAAAUUAAACAGACUAUGUAAGUGUAAACCAAUUUGUGUAGUUAAUUUGUCGAAUAUACAAAUCUAAACAAAUAUUUGGGUA